AUGGUUUCCAUCACAGUCGACAAGGCACCCCGCACUCUGCUGGUAGCCUGUUUCUUAGCAUGGAAAGCACUUCUCCUGACCAUCGCCAUCAUCAGCCCGCAACCGGGUUAUGACACCUCAACUCGCCUGCUAUUCAAAGGUCACGGGAUCCGCAACGUUGAGGUGUCGAGUCCAGACGUCUAUUCACCGCCAGGUACGCACGCACCCGCUCAGGGUUUGCCUGAUUUGGUGAUGAGGUUGCUGUUGGCCUUAACCCGCUGGGACACAAUCUACUUUGCUUCAAUUGCUGAGCGCGGCUACGUCUACGAACAAGAAUGGGCAUUUGGCUGGGGCUUUUUAAAGUUUCUCUCCUUUCUCGGCACAAAUAUACCUCUUACUACGGAGAAACUGUACAACGUGCUAAUUCAUGGAAUCAUUCUCGCGAAUGUUAGCCACCUGAUAUCGAUCAUCCUGCUCUUUCAAUUGGCAUUGGCCUUGCAAACCAGCGCUAGUAAUGGCAAGGUAUAUUUUGCCUUCAUCUGCGCUGCCCUUCACAUUUUCACUCCUGCCGGAAUUUUCCUUGUCGCCCCGUGCCCAGAAGCACUAUUCUCACUGUUAAGCUUUGCGGGUUACCUGUUGUAUGUUUACUCUUGGAUCGACACCGGUCUGCAAUACCACGGCCCCAUUCAGGAUCUAUAUCUGAUUCUAUCUGGUUUCUGCUUUGGACUGGCUGCAACAGUGAGAGGAAAUGGACUACUUAGCGGGAUUAUCUAUUUUUACGAUGCUCUAAUAUGGCUCAUCGUUUCGGCAGAGCGCCUGGUACGCAUUCGCGUCUUCAAUAUCAGUGCACUGCGUCCUGAACUACACGCCCAGCUAAGUUCCAUUCGACAACGUCGACUUCCCGCAACUGUUACGGCUGGCAUGCUUGUGGGGAUUGGUUUCGCAGGCCCGCAAUAUAUUGCCUUCCAGCAAUUCUGUGGUUCCCAUAUCCUAGAAAAGCGCCCGUGGUGCCAUGCAUUUCCACCAAGCAUCUACUCUUGGGUUCAAAGCCAUUAUUGGAAUGUUGGCUUUCUCAGCUUGCUAUCCUGCCAGACUUACAAUGAACAUGCCUUCUUGCACCCAGAGACCAAGUCCGAAGCCCCCGAUCAGGAUCGUAACGCCAAAGGAUUGCAGGACAAUAUGGACUUUGACAUUAACCGGGCCUUUGAGUAG